GCCAGCUGGUCUUUGGCCAUAGUGAUCAUGGCCCUCUAUUCCGUCGUAUGUGUAGUGGGGCUCUUUGGGAACUUCUUGGUCAUGUAUGUCAUCAUCAGAUAUACCAAAAUGAAGACUGCCACCAACAUUUAUAUUUUCAACCUUGCCUUGGCCGAUGCCUUAGCAACAAGUACGCUGCCAUUUCAGAGUGUGAAUUAUCUUCUGGGAACAUGGCCAUUUGGUACCACUAUUUGUAAGAUUGUAAUAUCCAUAGAUUAUUAUAACAUGUUCACAAGUAUUUUCACCCUCUGCACCAUGAGUGUGGAUCGCUACAUUGCAGUUUGCCACCCGGUCAAGGCUUUGGAUUUACGCACCCCUCGAAAUGCCAAGAUUGUCAAUGUCUGUAACUGGAUUAUUUCUUCAGCAAUUGGUAUACCAGUGAUGGUGAUGGCAACAACCAAAGAGAGCAAUGGAUCCAUUGAUUGUACACUUAAGUUCUCGCAUCCAGCCUGGUAUUGGGAGAACCUACUGAAAAUCUGUGUUUUCAUCUUUGCCUUCAUCAUGCCCAUCUUAAUCAUAACGGUCUGCUAUGGAUUGAUGAUUUUACGUCUGAAGAGCGUCCGAAUGCUCUCCGGCUCCAAGGAAAAGGACAGAAAUCUUCGGAGGAUCACCAGGAUGGUCCUUGUGGUUGUGGCUGUUUUCAUUGUCUGCUGGACUCCAAUCCAUAUUUACGUCAUCAUCAAAGCCUUAAUCCACAUUCCAGAAACUACUUUCCAAACCAUCUCCUGGCACUUCUGCAUUGCAUUAGGCUACACAAAUAGUUGUCUCAAUCCCAUCCUUUAUGCCUUCCUAGAUGAAAACUUCAAAAGAUGCUUCAGAGAAUUCUGUAUCCCAACCACUUCAACCAUCGAACAGCAAAACUCCACCCGCAUCCGCCACACCCGUGAUCAUGCCUCCAGCGCCCAUACAAUGGAUAGGACUAACCAGCAAGUAUGA